AUGGAGUGGACGACAGUGCAGCAUUUGGAUCUGCGGCAUGUUGGUCGCAGUUCGAAACCUUUCCAACCUCACGCUGCCACAUUUCAUCCCAGUCAAGCGUUGGUUGCCGUCGCUGCUGGAAAUUACAUCAUUGAGUUUGAUGCAUACACUGGUAGCAAGAUAUCUUCAAUCAACAUUGGUGCUCCUGUAGUUCGAAUGUCUUAUAGUCCCACUAGUGGACAUGCAGUCGUAGCUAUACUUGAGGAUUGUACAAUCAGAUCAUGUGAUUUUGACACAGAGCAAACAUGGGUUUUGCAUUCGCCUGAAAAGAAGAUGGAACGUAUUACAAUCGACACAGAAGUCCAUCUGGCUUUAACCCCUCUACAACCAGUUGUUUUCUUUGGUUUCCAUCGCAGGAUGAGUGUAACAGUUGUUGGAACUGUUGAAGGAGGAAGAGCACCAACAAAAAUAAAAACAGAUUUAAAGAAACCAAUUGUGAAUCUUGCUUGCCAUCCUCGCCUUGCUGUAUUGUACGUGGGCUAUGCAGAUGGUUUGAUUCGAGCUUAUAACAUCCAUACAUAUGCUGUUCUCUACACUUUACAACUUGAUAACACCAUUAAGCUGAUUGGUGCUGGAGCCUUUGCUUUUCAUCCAACUCUAGAAUGGAUUUUUGUUGGUGAUAGGCGUGGUACUCUUCUUGCUUGGGAUGUUUCAACUGAAAGACCUUUCAUGAUUGGCAUAACACAAGUGGGUUCACAACCAAUUAUAUCAGUUGCAUGGCUUCCAAUAUUGUGUGUACUUGUUACCUUAUCCAAAGAUGGAAGCCUUCAAGUUUGGAAAACAAGAAGUGCAGCAAAUACCAAUAGAACUCUAGUUCAAGCUAACUUUUUUGAGUCUGCAUCAAUUGAACAGAUUGAUAUCCCACGUCUGCUAUCACAGCAAGGGGGUGAAACUGUUUAUCCAUUACCAAGAAUUAGAAGUCUUGAAGUCCACCCAAAGUUAAAUCUAGCAGCCUUGAUGUUUGCAAAUAUGACAGGUGGCGACAAUGCAAAAAAUAAAGCUGCUUACACUAGGGAAGGAAGGAAGCAACUUUUUGCAGUUUUGCAAAGUGCAAGGGGAUCUUCAGCAUCUGCAAUUAAGGAGAAACUUUCUGCCCUUGGAUCAUCAGGAGUUUUAGCAGACCAUCAACUUCAAGCCCAGUUGCAAGAGCAUCAUACAAAAGGGCCCAGUCAGCUUACAAUCUCGGACAUAGCACGGAAGGCUUUUCUUUACAGUCAUUUCAUGGAAGGACAUGCAAAAAGUGCACCAAUAUCACGCAUGCCUCUCAUCACCAUUUUAGAUACUAAAAAUUAUCUGAAAGAUGUUCCAGUUUGCCAGCCAAUUCAUUUGGAGCUAAAUUUCUUCAGUAAAGAGAAUCGUGUUCUUCAUUAUCCCACCAGAGCUUUUUACAUAGAAGGUGUAAACCUUAUGGCAUACAAUCUCUCUACUGGAGCCGAAACUAUCUACAAGAAGCUUUUUCCAUCGAUGCCUGGGCAUGUUGAGUUCCAUGGAAAGUAUUUACUCCACAGUAGAAAGCAACACUUGUUUCUUGUGGUUUAUGAGUUUAAUGGUGCUUCUAGUGAAGUUGUUCUUUAUUGGGAAAACACAAACUCUCAAUCAUCCAACAGUAAAGCCAAUACAAUCAAAGGUCGAGAUGUUGCAUUUAUUGGGCUAAAUGAUGGACAAUUUGCCAUUCUUGAUGAAGACAAAAUUGAACUUUCUGUAUAUACAUUACCUGGAGGCUCUCCAAAACCAGAUGCUGAAAAAAACAUGAUAGAUGAUCAAAAACCAUAUGAAGAACUUGAUGUGUCUUCUAUCAAGGGCCCACUUCAGUUUACUUUUGAAACUGAAGUUGACCGAAUUUUUUCUACUCCAAUUGAGUCAACUUUGAUGUUUGCAUGUUUUGGGGACAAAAUUGGAAUGGGAAAGCUUGUUCAAGGAUACAGCAUUGCUACUGGUGAUGGACCUAAUAUGUCAACAAAAGGUGAAGGGAAAAAGUCAAUCAAGUUGAAGCCAAAUGAGAUUGUUUUGCAGGUUCACUGGCAAGAAACUCUUAGGGGCUCUGUUGCUGGAAUAUUAACUACACAGAGAGUACUCAUAGUCUCUGCUGACCUUGAUAUUCUUGCAAGCACUUGUACAAAAUUCGACAAAGGACUUCCUUCAAUAUCCUCACAUAUUUCAAAUAUUUAG